AUCUUAUCCGAUGGUUCGUCAAAAAUGACAUGUCUGAGAUUCAACCAACUCGGGUCUUCACGACAUACCGGAUCAGGAUAAUAAGGACUCUAUUCAUGCAUGCCUAUGCAUUGGCGAACUUGGCCCUGUCGGGCGCCACCGACAGUACAGAGUGUGUACCAAUAGUCAUGAUAUCCUUCUAGUAUGAUAUUCCAGUGCGAAUGACCGCACACAACAAGCAUUUACUACUUUGGAUCAGAUGCAUUCGUUAGCCGAUGAUUUUCAUUAGUUCCAGGGGAGGCCAUGUUUAAAUACCGGUGGCCCAGUUUUUCGGUUGUACUUGUUCUAUUCUGUCAGACUAGACAUGUCUUUAAUGCAUGGCAAGUCGUCGCGACAGGACUGUUCUUGUAAGGGUAGACGGACAGUGAAGCGAAAUGAACGCCAAUGCCUCAAUCACCAAUCCUACCACCCAUCCUCUACACGAUCGUGGUCCAAAUCUCGGCCAUCCACUCAACAAUUGUCAAUAGCAAAGACACCAACAAUGACCGACCCCAGUCGAGCAUCAACAUCCCUAUGCCGCUGUCUAACCAACCAGCUCAACAUCAACGACCUAGAACUAAUAAUGCACUGGCACAACAGCACCUACCGCUCCGUCUCCCGAGACAGCACCGUUGAGGGGAUAUGGCAGAAAGCCGUCCCCCAAGAAGCAGUACAGCACCCAUUCCUGAUGCACGGUCUCCUGGCGCUAUCGUCGCUCGACCGAGCGUGCGGUAGCGGUGGGAGGGUACGAGAGGAGCGAGUGAGGAUUGCGCAGCAGCAUCAGAAUCGCGCGAUGGGUGGUCUUUCGGCCGUGCGGAGAUUGGAGGAUAAUCGCAGUUUGUCUACUUGUAACGCCAUGUUUGCAUUAGCCUGCGUGAUGAUUUAUUAUGAUCUUGCGUUGCCUCUCCUGACAGAUCCUGCUGAGGGCCGCUCUGCGCUGGAUGAGUUUUGUCGCGUGCUUGAGCGAGUCUGCGAGUCGAUAGUGGUCAUGGCCGAAGUCAUCGAUCGGGUAAGAGGAGGGGAGCUAUGCCCCUUAAUCCGCGAAGACGGAGUCAGGCCCAAGAUGCCCGACACAUCGCGGUUAGCAAUCCAGUCCCUCCGACGGCGAAACGGGAUACUAGCUACGCGAGACAAAACACACGAAACAGACACCUAUGAAACCACGAUACAACACUUGAGCACUGCCCUGGAGCGACUCGCAGAGGGCGGUGAGCUCACGGUUAUCGCAAUACGUUGGAUAUGGUUUAUCCCGACCCGAUUUAUCGAGCUGGUGAGGAUACGGGAGCCAUUCGCACUGGUGAUCCUCGCGCACUUUGCCGUGAUCAUGCAUUCGUUACGAAGACACUGGUGGAUGGGAGAAUGGGGGAACCGGGUGCUUCAAGACAUCGGACAGACGCUGGAUGCUGAAUGGAGACAGUCUAUUGAUUGGGUUAUCGAUGCGACUGGGUGUUAUAUUCCUAUUUAUGAGUGACGACCGUUUGUUCUUAUUUGAGCUGUUUUUGAGCUGUUUUUGAGCCGUUUUUGAGCCUACUGUUAGUGAUACCAUUUGCUUAUUGCAUAUCUAUGGCACAUUAUGGAUCUCUGAGCACUUGCAGAAAAAGCAAUGCAGAAAGCAACAUGAUAAGCGUAAAGAAUCCCAUUGGAACCUCAUUAAUCCAUAA